AUGGCAUUUCCGUUUCUGCGAGCCUUUGUCGCGCUAUUUGUCUAUCGAUACACCCGCCUCGUGCUGAACCUCUUCUCCUUCUGGACCUUUAAGCCAAUUCCACCACCGGAGAACCCCAAAUUGACCUCCCAAGAUGUGACGGUCAUUAUUCCAACUUUGGAGGGCUGUGGCGAUGAAUUGGUGGAGACAAUACGGACAAUUCUCGACAAUCAGCCCUUUGAAUUGCUCCUGGUGACCAUCGAGGCCAAUCGCAAAAAGGCUGAAAGAAUGUUGAGCGCAAUGCCGGCGUCCAAGUCACGCAUUCGCUUGUUCACGGUCAUGCACCCUAAUAAGCGGCGUCAGAUGACCCGGGCUAUCCCCGAAGUCCGAACGGCCAUUACUCUCCUUGCGGAUGACGAUGUGAGCUGGCCCCGUACCCUGCUCCCCUGGAUCUUGGCGCCCUUUGAAAAGGAUGAGAAGUACGGUGGUGUGGUGACCUGUCAGCGGUUGCGCCGCGCCAUUGAACCGAGCCUCUCACAGCGAGUCUGGGGCUUCCUGGGCGCGUUGUACCUGGAACGACGCAACUUUGACUGCGGCGCGACAACCCAUGUGGACGGUGGCCUUCCCUGCAUGUCGGGACGGACGGUUGCGUAUCGGACGCGAAUCCUGCAGAAUGAGGGCUUCACUUAUGCCUUUACGAAUGAGGAAUGGUGGUGGGGGAAGUACCAACUCAACGCCGACGAUGAUAACUUUAUCACCCGUUGGAUGGUCUCGCAUGGAUGGGAAACUUAUAUGCAGUACCACCCGGAGGCCGAGGUACUUACUACUCUGGAGGACAAUCCCCGUUUUUUGAAGCAAUGCGCCCGCUGGUCUCGAAGUAAUUGGCGGAGCAAUCUGACGUCCAUGUUUCACGAGAAGCACAUCUGGUAUCGUCAACCUUGGAGCGCCUAUGCUGUUCACUUGACAACCUUGUCGCCGCCUGCCCUGAUCGGAGACUUGUUACUUGUUUGGCUGUGCCACAAGGCCACUGGAUCGUGGGGAGAGGUGUUCCAUGAUCGCUCCAUGACUGCUCUGUAUAUGUGGAUUUUCACUAGCAAAUGGAUCAAGCUACUUGGUCACUAUCUUCGUUAUCCCGUCGACGUCUUCUUGUUGCCAGUUUCUAUCCUCUUCGGCUAUUUCCACGGCGCAAUCAAGAUGUAUGCAGUGAUGACACUCAAUGUGACUACUUGGGGUAGCCGUGACGGCGCUGAUGAUUACGACGCCGAGCGUAUGAAGAAGCGAACGGACGCUGAUCGAACUAAGCAGCCCUAUUAUCCGCAAUAUCUCAUCAAAUGA